AUGGACGGUGAGGAAGGGUGUCUUAUUGCUGUGGUUAUCGACGUGGAAAGUGCGAUCCAGGUUGUCAAAAGGAAACGAGUAUUCUUGACUGGUCUACUCAACUUUGUGAUCGGGAACCGAGUCUUGCGUCGCUCAACCUUGAACUUGAAGGAAAGCAAUGAAGUACGCGUUUUGGAGGGAGUUCUAGAAACAAAGAUCAUCGUCGAAGUCGUCAUCCUCCGAGUCAUUCCUACACUCUUCACUGUCUUCCUCAUCCAACUCCCCAUCACUAAGCUCGUCACCGGAUUCUUCAAGACCCCCGAUGUCAUCAUCCUCUUGCACAUCCUCGCAUUCCUCAAGACUCUUGACAUCAUCCUCACCCUCCCCACUGUUGACAAUGUCCACGGUGUCGGUCCUUCUCACUGA